ACCACGGGCUCUCGGAGCUGCCCUGGCCGCUCAGAAGUCGCGCGCACACGCCUAGCAUCCUUCCUCUGACUUUCGCAGCCCGCCUCCGAGCACGGGCUCCGCAGAUAAGACUUUACGAUUGGUGUACUGGGAACGAGAACCAGCCAGUGACACGAACGCUUCCUCCGCGCCGGCCGGGGCGACGUGACACACUUUCUUUUAUCUCUGGCCUGCCGGCCCCUCCCCUCCUAGCCCGCCUUCCUCUUGUUCAUACCAGAAGCGCCUCUGCUCUGAUUGGCUAGAGUGUGAUGCGCUAUCAGCCAAUCAGAAGCCAGGCUGUGCUUCUCCGUCAUUAGGACAGCGAAUCCUGGAGUGAGCUCGUCUACGAUUGGUCUUUCCGUGACAAGGCUUCAAUUUUGAAUUUUCCUUUAUGGCGUGGAAGAGACUACUGCCCGAACUCCGUCUAAUCCCCUGGCUGUUAGAAUAAAACCAUGCCCAAGUUCAAACAACGCCGAAGGAAGCUAAAAGCCAAAGCAAAAAGAUUAUUUAGGAAGAAAGAAGCCUCUCACUUCCAGUCUAAGCUAUUUACACCUCCCCCACCACCACCUUCACCAGAAAGAGUGGUUAUUUCAACAGAUAGAUCCCAAAGUAGAAGCUGGCCAAGGCCAUCCUGGAACUUCAAAUUCCCCAACAUCAAAACUGCAAUAAGCCUUUGGACAGAUAGAGUAUGGUGUAUAUACAGUUGGUGUCAGAACUGUGUAGCCCAGAGUUUAGAAGUAUUGAAAGAUAUCAUCUUCCCAUCCCGAAUCUACCAUCGAGAACUUCAUAGUCUUAAACAACAGUUUUGCACUUUGAAAAGUGACUUAUGCAAACUCCGAGAAACACUGAAGACUAUAUCAGAAAAUUCUUGUUCAAGCUGUGGUCAGAUGUGUCCCAUGAACAGUAAACUUCCACCUGCUCAGGCUAGUGCUCUAACCACUGGAGACUCUGGGGCUGUACUUCCUCCUCCACCGCCUCCACCCCCUCCACCUCCUCCUCUGCCUCCUCCUCCACCACCACUAGCACCUUUGCUGCUCAGAAAAUCUGGUUCCACUAAAGUACUUCAGGCUGCACCAUUAAAAUCAGAUGGGCCCAUGCAUAUAACAGUUAAAGAUCUACUAACUGUAAAAUUAAAGAAGAUACAAAAUAUUGAAGAAAGGAAAAAGCUUAUACCAUCACCCAAGGAACGGAAUCCACUAGUUACCAUCUCUGAUCUGCAGCGUGUUACCCUGAAACCUAACUGCAAAGUGUUACCAAGACGAGUUACAAAUGUCCUGAUUACUCCUGGUAAAAGCCAGAUUGAUCUGCGGAAACUGCUUAGAAAAGUUGAUGUUGAAAGGAGCCCAGGUGGGACUCCUCUAACCAAUAAAGAAAAUAUAGAAACAGGAACUGGACUGACUCCAGUAAUGACUCGGGCCUUGAGGAAAAAGUUUCAGCUGGCUCACCCUAAGAGCCCAACUCAAACUCUGCCACUUUCUACAAGCUGUUUUGAUGAAUAGAACUGAUGCCAACUCUACCUGACUCCAUGUGGAGAGCCAUGCCGUAUAGAGAUAAAAUCACUCACAUCUUUUCUUAAUGGGUAGAAUGUGUAUAAAUAUACUGAUGUGAUUCUACUUGAAGAACUGGAGUAUAUAUGGACUAACUACAUACAGUGUGGUAUAAAGUAGAGAAAAUACAAUCUGCAGAGUGCUGUUCAGCUUGGGAUGACUCAGCUUACGUUAGGGUCUUCCAAUUUAGCUAGGUAACUGGUUUAUACUGUAUAGGUGCAAGUAUAGUAUUAGAAAAAGACCCUGGUUUCUGAUCAUCCUGUUUAUCUCAGGCAGCUGAAAAGAAAUAUUUCAGCCUAUAAGGCUCAUACAUUCAUUGCUAACAGACUUGAUCCAUAAAAAGGACACACCCACCCACAUUUCCUUAAGCAGGGGUCAGUGAUUUUUACCAAACUUAGCACUCAGGAGGCUAAGGCAAGAGGAUCAUGAAAUGCAGACCAGCCUGAGCUGUAUAGUGAAACCCUGUCUCAAAAUAGAAGUGGAGGCAGGAGGAUGAGUGCAAAGUAUUAAAUGCAGCCUGUGCUAUAUGAGAUCUUGUCUCAAAACACAUAAACCAGCAGGCAAUACCUAUAGAUUUUACUCAUACAUAAAUGAAAUAGAGGCUAGGGAGAUGAAAGUUAGUUAAAACAGGAGGGUGUGAGCUUCAUCGGAAGAACCCAUGUAAAAGUGCCCAGGCUCGGUGCUUGCAAUCCCAGUGCUUGGGAGGCAGAGAUAGGCAGAUCCCAGCAGGGGGCUAGAGGACAAGCCAGUUUAGCCUAAUAGGCAAGAUCCCUGCUACUGAGAGACCCUGAGGUUGUCCUUGGAUCUCUUCAUGUACAUGCACACAUGUACACAUAAAAUAGAAAUAAAACAGACUAUCCCCCAUCUAAAUGUAGCCAUUUCCCAAAUGAAUUUGAAGCAGAGUCCCAAUUUGACCUUCAAAAUUCAAAUGUGUCCUUUUUGGGGGGAGGAGAGGUGGGAUUGUGCGUGCGUGCGUGUGUGUGUGUGUGUGUGUGUGUGUGUGUGUGUGUUUCAUGUAGGGUCUCACUAGCCCAGACUGACCUAGAA